UUUAGGCGGAAAAGAGCGGCGGGCACUCUGCAGCCUGGACGCAAAUCCCAAUUGGAAUAAAAACUAAUGUAAAUUCGGUUUUAAAAUGCAAAUUCCCAGCUAUGCACUAAACCGACGACGAUCUGGGACAGAGCACGACACAAGGCAGUGAUUAUAUUGCGAGAGAGUUAGGCCACACAAGCCAAAGGAACCCAGAAACGCCCACGGCAACUACAGGAUAGUAACCAAACAUCACAAUCGCCUUCAACCUGCUGCUGCUGCGAUAACAAUGUUCGCCCAGACGCAGAAGAGCAGCUUCCUGGAGCAGACAAAGGCGGCGCGCGAGGAGCGGGCAUUGGAGAAGCGCCGGGAGCUGGCCGCCAUCCUGCUGCAGUCCACGCUCAAGGGAUACGCGGCGCGCAGGAAGUACCAGAAAAGAAUCAUACUCGACUUUGAUGCCGUGUUCCCCGACUGCCAGGAUGACAAGGACACGGAACUGGAGCUGGUGGCCAUUAAUGUGUAUCCACUGCUAAGGCGCUACCUUACACAAAUCAAGCUGGAUAAGACGGAUCCUAGGGCCAGAGAGCGAUUGGAGCGCAUCUGCCGGUACGUCAUCAAGGCCAUGGAGGCGGAGAGCCCGAAACUCUCGUACGCCGCCCUGUGCCUGCACAAGGAGCGCAGCCUGCCGUGGAUAGCGCACAUCAAGCUGCUGCUAACCAACUGUAUGCUCCUGCUGCCUGAGCUAAAGCCGGAGAACCAUGCUGACAGCCUGUCGCUGGCCCUUUUCCUGCACACGCUGGUGGUGUUUACGGCGCCCAAGUCCUGGGCGAUACUGCGCAACUCGCAGUUUGAGCGACUGCAGCCCGCCAUGCAGAAGGUGUGCUGCAAUAUCCAGGGGCAUCUGGUGCAGAACGACUUCUACAGGAUCAUGCGGCUCGUCCUGCUGCGCGGCACUGUUCGCGAGGAGUUGUCCAUGAAGCCGGUCACUUUUGUGGCCAUCAUCACUUUGUGUCUACGUCCCUUGAUCGACGGGGACUUUAGCCGCAAUCUGCUGACCAAAUUCCUGUCGGAGAUUCUAUCGGUGCCCGCCUUGAUCUACCAUUUGCAUCAGAGUGUGCCGCAGUGCCUGGAGCAGUUCGCGACGCUGGGCCUGCUGAAGAAGGCGCUGAGCAUCUCUGAGGACUUCCAGUGGUUCGAGGAGUUCGGUGCUAGCAUGCCGGGCACCAAGUCCCUGGCGUUCCUGGGCAACAUUGUCAACCUGUUCAACAUUGAGGGCCAGGCGGAGUCCAAAUCGCUGGCUUAUCCCCUACUGACUGAAACCACCACAUCGCUGCUGGAGCUAAUACCCAACACGGUGACCACCAAGGGCGUCUUCACUCAAUGGCACGAGCUGCUGGGCUGGCACACUCCGGGGCCAGAGCCAGCACAGAACCAAAAUGUGGCUCUGAUCAAAAAGCAGUUUCACAUGCUGUGGGAUCAUCGCUGCAUUAAGAUGCUGCUGGGCGAUCUCCUCAAGGAUAUCAAUCGGAAUUACGAGCGCAUUGAGUUCCAGUCGCCCCAGCAGCCUUCCACCUCAAACCUGUUGCGUCGUGCCCUGGAGCGCAGCUCGACGCGAGGCGGAGGAGCGACUAGCAAGCAGACGAAGCAGCAGUGGCGACGGCUGGACAAUGCGGAGGUGCUGCAGGUGUCACGCAUUUGCGGCAUGUACUAUGCCGCCCUCAACACGCUCUCCCAGAUGAAGCUGGACAUCCUUACGGGGAUUUGUUACAACGAUAAUGUGCUCUACGAUAUCUGGUUGCUGAUCACGUCGCUGGGCCCGAACUGCGGCAUGAAGGAGUACCUGGAGCUGCUCAAGUGCGAGACGAACCUGCAGAAGCCCCAGACGGCCAUGCUGAUGCUCUUCUGCGACUGCAUGACCCACUAUGUUACAAUUCUGGAUGAAUAUGAGAUGUACACGGAGCAGAAUCCCUUCAAGCUGAACGACUAUGUGAUGCUGACCUAUUUCCUCAACAAUAUGCUCUACAAACUAAUAAAUGAUAAUAUUUUGGGAGCCAAGAACAUAGUCCAGAAUCCUGUAUUCCUGGCCUUGCACACACUGAUGCUCUGCCUGUAUCGCCGCGAUUGCCGUCGCCCGUUUACCCCGCCCAACCACUGGCUCAUACCGGAGGUGAAGCCCUCGACGUUCAUCAACGACCUGGAGAAGGCCAAGCGGAACGCCAUGCUGCUGCUGGCCAAGAUGCCGCACAUUAUCCCGCACGAGGAUCGGGUCAAGCUCUUCCGCAAGUUUGUGCAGAACGAGAAGGCGGUGAUGGGUCUCACGGAGAGUGCCUGCGCCUCGCCGCGCUCCGCCUUGAUUGUGAUCCAUCGCGAGCGGAUCGUGGAGGACGGGUACCGGCAACUGGCCGCCCAGCCCACGCAGGCCCUCAAGGGUGUCAUCCGUGUGAGAUUCAUCAAUCAGCAGGGACUGCACGAGGCGGGCAUUGACCAGGAUGGCGUGUUCAAGGAGUUCCUCGAGGAGACCAUCAAGAAGGUGUUUGACCCAUCGCUGAAUCUGUUCAAGACCACCUCCGACCAGCGGCUAUACCCGUCGCCCAUCUCCUACGUCCAGGACAAUCACCUGCAGCUGUUCGAGUUCGUUGGCCGCAUGCUGGGCAAGGCCGUAUACGAGGGCAUCGUGGUGGACGUGCCCUUCGCCUCCUUCUUCCUCUCCCAACUCCUCGGCCAGACGCAGCAGGCCCUGUACUCCUGCAUGGACGAGCUGCCCUCGCUGGACAACGAGCUGUACCGCAGCCUGACCUUCAUUAAGCACUACAAACAGGAUGUGGCCGAUCUCAACCUGACCUUCUCCGUGGACCAGGAUGUGAUGGGCAAGAUAGUCACGCACGAACUGCAUCCGGGCGGCAAGGCCCGCGUGGUUAACGAUCACAACAAGCUGGUUUACAUCCACUACAUGGCCUUCUUCCACAUGAACACCCAGAUCCGUGAGCAGACGGUGGCCUUUAAUCGUGGCUUCCGCAGCAUCGUCAACCCGGAAUGGUUGUCCCUGUUUUCGCCACCGGAACUGCAGCGCCUCAUCUCCGGGGACACGGUGCCGUUGGAUUUGCGGGAUCUACGCAAGCAUACGCAGUACUAUGGAGGCUUUCACGAUUCCCAUCGUGUGGUGGGCUGGCUCUGGGACAUCCUGGCCAAGGAUUUCACGGAGGAGGAGCGCAAGCUGUUUUUAAAGUUUGUAACGAGCUGCUCGAAGCCUCCGUUGCUGGGCUUCGCCCACCUGGAGCCGCCCUUCUCCAUACGCUGCGUGGAGGUGGGCGAUGACGAGGACACCGGGGAUACCAUUGGUAGCGUGAUCCGUGGUUUCUUUACCAUACGGAAAAAGGAUCCCCUGAACCGCUUGCCCACCUCCUCGACGUGCUUUAACCUGCUGAAGCUGCCCAACUACCAAAAGAAGUCCACGCUGCGGGACAAGCUGCGCUAUGCGGUGAGCAGCAACACCGGGUUCGAGCUUUCCUAAGGGUUUCCCGCUGAACUAUUUGCAAAUCUAUUCACAUUUUCCAUGUUAUUCCCCCCUAAGCAACUCCUUUUCGUAGGCAAUUUGGUGUGAAUGUGUUUGUUUAUUGACUUUUUAAAUGUUUUCAAACGAAGAGAAACAUAUUCAACGGUAAACACACAAUUAUUAACAAGUAAAUAUAAACGUAUAGCUGUGAUAAAACUAUAAUAAACUAAAACGAAGAGUACACAAUGCGAAACCAAGCUGAAUUACUCCACAAAGCCACAUUUGUGCUGAACAAACAAUGAUAAAUAAUAUAAAAAAAUAAAAUAAAUGAGAGAAGAUACACAACUAAUAUCUAACCCACGUAAUGGUGCAAGCCAAAAGUUACAUUGUAAACCACGAACAACAUAAAAACAAGCAACAAUAAAUCUAUGUGUCUGAUUCAUGUGCAAAAUGUAA